CUUACUGUUUUUAUGACUGCUUCCUUCUCCUCCACCCGAUCUCUAAUCUCUAAAACGUCCUCGUUAAUAUUAAAUCUCUUAUCCUCCAGCCUUUUAUUCUUUGCAGUCCGCAUUCUCCAUAUUUCUUUACUCCUGACUCUGCUUUUUGGACUAGAGCUUACAUCUAGUAGACACACCAGUCAAAUUAUAGGCCGUGAAGGAUCCCCGGCCUGGAGUAGAGACCUGGCACCGAGAAAGCAAGCAUGGCAGAGGUGCUCACACAGGAGGAGGAACAGGCCACUCAACGGUUCCUGCAAGAAAUGAAUUCCUGGACAUCCUGUCACUCGGUGUCCCCUCUCUCCUGGGAUAUUGCUGUUAAAUUCCUGAUGGCUCGAAAGUUUGAUGUAGUGCGGGCGAUUGAGCUCUUCCAUUCUUACAGGGAGACACGGCAGAGAGAGGGAAUUGUGCGGCUGAACCCUCUGCAAGAGCCUCUGUUGUCUGAGCUGCUGAGUGGCAAGUUUACUGUGCUGAGUGUGAGGGCUCCAACUGGAGCUUCUAUAGCCAUUUUCUCUGCCAAACUACAUCACCCUGCGCACAAGAAUAGCAGAGAGGUGCAGCACACUGUUCUUCAAGCUCUCUUCUAUCUCUUGGACCGUGCUGUGGAGAGCCCCGACACACAGAGAAAUGGCCUGGUAUUUAUCUAUGACAUGGGUGGCAGUCAGUACAGCAAUUUUGAGCUGGAUCUAAGCAAGAAAAUUCUGAGCCUACUGAGAGGUGCCUUCCCUGCUCGUCUGAAGAAAGUUCUUAUUGUGUCACCACCAGUUUGGUUCCGAGUCCCUUAUUCUAUCAUCAGCCUGUUACUAAAGGAGAAGCUGAGAGAAAGAGUGUACAUGGUCAAUGUGAGUGAACUUCUCCAGCACUUACCUCCACAGUGUCUCCCUGAAUCUCUUGGAGGCCUUCUUCCUUGGGACCCUGGCACGUGGAACUGCCUCCUUCUCCCAGCACGUGCUGGCAGACCAGACCCUCUAGAUGAAUUGGUGAUGGUUCUGGGGGAAAGGACAGGAGGCAGCGUGCACCGACCAAGCCCUGGAGCAAUGACCUUGACUCAGUUGAAAGAUCGCAUAAACUCUGUGGGAAGAUGUGGGAUUUAUGAAGAGUAUGAGGAGCUGAGGAAAGAACAGCCUGAGGGAACAUUUACUAUUUCAUUGGCUGCUCUUAAUCGUCAUAGGAAUCGCUAUGGUGAUGUUCCAUGCUUGGACCAAACUCGUGUCAAACUGAAACGUGUAAACUGGCAUGAGCGCUCUGAUUAUAUAAAUGCCAGUUUCAUGGAUGGAUAUCUACAAAAGAAUAUGUACAUUGGGACACAAGGACCUAUGGAAAACACAUUCCCAGAUUUCUGGCAGAUGGUCUGGGAGCAAAAUGUACUGGUGAUCGUCAUGACAACAAGGGUUGAAGAGGGUGGUCAUAGAAAAUGUGGUCAAUACUGGCCUUUGCCCCCUGGAUCUGUUGCAACAUAUGGAAUUGUCAUGGUUAGCAACAAGGCCACAGAGAACCAUCAACACUAUAGAAAGUGUAUCCUGGAGUUGAGCAGUCGACAGAGCAGAGAGAAAAGAAUUAUUAGUCACUUGCAGUUCCUGAGCUGGCCAGAUUUUGGGGUACCUAACUCAGCUUCUGCACUUAUCCACUUUCGGAAUGUCGUGAAGAAAGAACAAAAAAGACUGGUGAAUGACCUAGGAAUGCGCUGGAAAGGUCCACCAGGGGGACCACCCAUUGUGGUGCAUUGCAGUGCAGGAAUUGGAAGAACAGGUACCUUCUGCACUUUGGAUAUUUGCCUAUCCCAAUUGGAGGAUGUGGGUUCCCUGAACAUCAAGCAGACAGUGCGAAGAAUGCGCAAACAGAGAGCUUUCAGCAUACAAACUCCAGAGCAGUUCUACUUCUGUCACACAGCCAUUCUAGAAAACACUGAUAGCUGAUAGUUAACCCUGCAAUAUUCUGCCAAGAGGGACCAAGAACCGAUGUAGAGACCACCACAAGGUUAUAAUUAUGUGCGGUACUGUGAAGGCAACAAGGCACCGAAAUUAUGAUAGCUUAGCUAUUUAGUGCCUUAUUGGACUGAUACACAGCAGUUUUAUUACACUAUUGGAGACCAACCAUCAUGUAGCAUAAUACUGAAUAGAGUUGUCUUUCACAACGGCUUACCACUAACAAUAUACAUAAGCAUCAUGUACCCAUCUAGGAAUACAAUUGAUGUCCUCUCAUUAAUACAAUAGUUACGACAAAAUUCGCUUAAUUACACAAACACACAUUUUACAGAGGCAUCCACCUAUGACAUGUUCAAACUUACUUUAUAUUUUUUAGGUCACUUUAAUAAGCUAUACACAUACUAUAUAAUUAAGCUUAUUUUGAUAUAUUCAAUUUGCCAAGCUGUUCAGAAAAAAGUGUGUUCGUACAUAUAUGUAUUUAUAAAAUUAUAACAUUCUCUUAAUUGACUGUUUCUGAACCUAGGCCAAAAUUCACAAUUUAUACAUAUUGUGAAUGCAAUGUAAGGUAUAGCAUAUGACAUAACCCAUUAAUACCAAUAUGGAUUGUAAAAGACGAGGAUCAGAAGGCAAAGCACACAAAGCAAGAAAAAUUGGAUGGGCACAUUCAUUACAAACGAGAAGCGGAAUGUAACAUAUUAAAUGAACAAAGAAAA